AUGACCGUGAAGGACAGUAAUAUGCAGCUGCGUUCCUAUGCUUUACGAUGCGAUGUAGAAGUUGAAUGUCAGAAGGCAGCACCAGUUGGCUAUGGCUCGUGUACUGAAGCCACAACUGCUGCCCUCCAAGCCGCCCCUUCUCUCUUCAUGGCAGCAUCGAGUGAUAGCGGGCUAGUGGACACAGAUCCAGGUCGAGUUAGCAGCAUGACAGCCAUUAACUCGGGUCCUGUCGGAGAGGUGGGCGGCGUGAGGCUGCCACUGCAGUCACUACAUGGAUACGGAUCUGUGUUCAUGUACUCGGCGUCGACGAGUCCCGGGGGUGGAGGUGGCCAGAGUAGCGGAGGCGGGGGUGAAGUCACUCUCCGCCUCCGCGAACCCGAGGACAUUCCCGAAGAGGUCCUCGCCCGCCUCGAGGACACCGCCACCCUCUCUAUCUCUCUUCAAAGCGAUGCAGUCCUGAGGCUAGGGGCGGCUGGCGCAGGAAAUGGGAACUUAGAGUUAUUUGAUAGUGAGAGCGGGCCGGAUCUCACGCUAUCACCUCAAACCUUCACGUCAACGGCGGAGGCCUUCAUCAAUGACAAUAGCGACAGUCUCGGGGUUCCAGGAGACAACGAUACCG